AGAAAAUAAAAUGAUAAAGACAGUCGAGCCUAACACUACAUUUCACUUAAUUUCAAAGUAGAGGAGUCAUGCUCAAAACUAUCUGUGUUGAAAAUUUUCGCAUUAAGAUCAUAUUUUAAAAGAAGAACCUUUCGCGGUUUGAAGAUAGGUCUGGCGAAAAUUUUUUUAAAAGCUUGAUCGCGAAAGUUUUAUUCCCACCAGAUAAGUUGAAAUAUGCUAUUCUAUCUUUAUUUAUGUGAAGUUUCUUUGAUGGUAAAAGACUUACUUUAUAUCACUGUAUUGUGUAUAUCGCGAGUUUGAGUCUGAAACUUAUUACAAACACAACAAACAGCGUGAUAACUGUGAAUGAUAUAAGAUUUAUAUAUUUUUUACAGGAUAAGUAGUGUUAUAAUAACGUAAAACGAAACUAGAAACUGCGAAUUCAACAUGGCUGUAAAUUUAUACAGAACAGUACAACUUGAUUGGGUGACUAAUUCAGCCUAAAAACCACUGCAUAUUGGCAAUCACAUUUGGGAAAAAUCACAAAAAUGAAAGCCGCAAGAGUUAUCACAUUGGAAAAAGUUAAACUUGCUUUUCUUAUCUGUGUGUUUGGUACUGGAUCGUGGGUAGCAGUGAACGGACUUUGGGUGGAACUACCUGUGCUAGUUGGACAAUCUCCGCAGCAAUGGUCUUUGCCGUCAUACUUAACGGUUGUCAUUCAGUUAGCAAACAUUGGACCGUUGGUUUACCUUUUAUUGCAAAAAUACGCAAUUUGUAAAUCAAAGGUUGUAACAGAGACACGUACGAUCUACUUAAUUUUAUUUGUCGGUGCACUAGCAUCUAUUCUUUUAGCGUUUACAUGGAAAGAGACAAGCGUGAUAAAUAACAAGCCUUACAGCACGUCUUUGAUUGUAUUGAGUUUGUUUAUGGCAACUGUAGAUUGCACAUCUUCAGUUACCUUCCUUCCGUUCAUGGCGAACUUUCCUUCCAAGUUUAUGACGAUAUACUAUGUUGGGGAAGGUAUGAGUGGCCUGGUACCAAGUGUCGUUGCUAUGAUACAAGGCGUUGGUAAGCAGUCUUAUACUUGUGAAGAAAGAGCAGUACUUAAAAAUAUGUCCUUGAAUUAUACAACCAAGAAAGGUGGGGCACACGCUGAAAGUACCACUGGUUUGAAAAAUGGUACCAUGUUUAAUUCAACGGAAAUCGUACCAUCCUAUUUCCACACAGAGCCACGUUUUUCAGCAACCGUUUUCUUUGUCGUUAUAACCGCCAUUAUGGUUUGCAGUUUGACAGCCUUUAUUUUGUUGAUAAGAAUCAAGAACAAAAAUGUUAAACUUGAAUGUACGCACGACGCACAAGAAAUGGACCAAUACAAUUCUACCAAAUGCUUGCAAAACUUUUAUAACGAUACAAAUUCAGGACCGAAGUCCUCAGCACCAAGCACGAUUGACCAGCUUAAUAACCGAAAAUAUUAUUUUUUGUUGUCACUGAACGGUGUCAUCAACGGUAUAAGUAAUGGUGUGCUACCGGCCUUGCAAUCAUACGCAUGUUUACCAUAUGGAAACAAUAUUUAUCAUUUGACUCUUACAUUGUCAGCUGUCGCCAAUCCUGUGUGCUGUUUUCUGUAUUUUCUUGUUAGCGUCCAGUCUAGUGUUGCUAUAUUCAUUGGUGUCUGCGUUUAUCUUGCGUCGGCAAGUUAUACCAUUGGCAUUGCUGCGACUAGCCCGUGUCCACUUUGGCGUGAUUCGUCAGCUGGUGGUGUUGUCGUGCUUCUCGUUACUGUGUUCGGCGUUGGAUUGGUUAGCUAUCUAAAGACGGCUAUCAGUACCGUUAUUCGUAGUCAUGGUUACAAGGGACUUCUAUUAUGUGGUGUAAGUGUUCAAGUCGGAUCACUUGUAGGCGCGUUGAUUAUAUUUCCGCUGGUCAAUGUGUAUGGUUAUUUCAAGCAAUCACAAGCCUGUCAGGUUUGUUGACGGAAGCAGAAGUGGUCUGGUUAAGAAUUCGUUUUGGAAAA